AUGGGCACCUCGUCACAGAUGCUGGCGCGGUUUGGACGGCGCCGCUGUGGACGGGCGAAGAAAAAUACUGAAAUAAGAAACUCUGAAGAAGAUCAAGUUCCCCAUCCACCUCUUCUACCCAGCAAAGUAGAUCUCCAGCAGGUGACCAUAAUUCCACAUGAUGAAUGGAAAAGGAUUCAAGAUAGCCUAGACAGUUUGACAAGAGAAGCAGCAUGCCUUCGUGCAGAAAGAAAGGCAAAAAAAGAAAUGCAUUUUCGAUCCCAGGAAGUGGUGAAACAUUGGACUAAUACAUAUGCAGGAAUGAAAGAACAGAAACUUGAAGCCAAAAAGAAGCGUGAUGAAGAAAUAGAGGCAGAAAGACAAAUUCUUGAUGUGGAAGAAGCAAUACAUAAACAAGGAGAAAGAAAAAAGGCCAUUGAAAAUGCAAAGCAAUAUCAAUUCUACCAGACAGAAAGAGUGAAAAACUUUCAUUCAGGACUUCUUCUUAGUAGAGUUAUGAAAGAACGUGAUGCUCAGAUUGAAUUCCAAAAGAGUAAGAUAAAAUCAGAUAAAAAAUGGGAGGAACAAUUGAAACUCAAUGUUGAAAAAGCUGUCAAAGAAGAACAAGAAAAAGCAGAAAAGCGUUACAGAGAAAGAGUGGCUCUUGCCCAAGAUCAUCUAAAACAGCUAAUGGAAGAACGGAGAGAAAGAAUAAAUAACUUCCUGAGUGAACUAAUGAAAGAGAAACUUGACAAUGAAGAUUUGAUUAUUGCUAGAGAUAUUGCAGAAGCUGAGGCUGAAUGGGAAAAAAGAGAAGGAGAAAAAUACGAAAAAAACAAAGCAGAAUUAAAAGCGAUUGCGGAAUACAGAGCCACUGUGAUGAAAAAUAAAGAGGAAGAAGAAAGACAAAGAAAAAUAGAGGCUCAAGAACAAUUACUGGCUGUCAUGAAAGCAGAUCAGAUUUUCUGGGAACAUGAAAAGGAGAAAAAACGCAAAGCUGAUAAAGAACACCGAGAAGUUCAAGAUUUCCAUAUUCAGCAAAUGGCCAAAAAUAAGGUUAAUGCAAAGGAAGCAAAACAAGCAGAAUUAGAUUAUUGCAGACUUACCGAAGCUCUUGCAGUUGAAAAGGAGAAAGAAUUUCAGGAUUACGCCAGAGAAGUAAUUGAGCUUGAGUCCGAAACAACAAAUAAAUAUAUUUAUCCUCUUGUAAAAGCUGUACAGGAAGGACCUGGAGGUGGCUGUGGGCCAGUUUUUGUGGACAGAGGUGGACUGAGACCCAGCUAUCAGGCAAAUGACAUUACUGGAGUCCAGCUCCCUUUUUAUAACUCUCAGGGAUCAAAAUAUAGUUUUCAAAAGUCUAAGGGAAGGCUAGGUUUUACGUGGUAGAAAAAUUUAUUUUUGAUUGACAAGACGAAGUUGUAGCAAACAUGAACUACAAAUAUAAGUGGAUUGUAUACUUAAAAUUUUGUUAAUAAAGUUGUUCUUCAUCUAAGUAC